AUGCUGCCCUACAGCUCUUCUCGGGAGCUGAACAAGAAACUCAGGUACUCCGAAGAAUCCACCACCCCUGACAGCCAGGGCUGGCCUGGGUCUGCCUACAUUCCGGACCCUCGCUCAUUCUACAAACCUGGCAACAACUUGGGGGGCAACUAUGGUGGUGGUUAUGGUGGUGGAUAUGGUGGACCGAACGGGGGAUACAACAAGGGUGGUGGUGGUGGUGGUGGAUACGGUGGUGGAUAUGGUGGACCGAACGGGGGAUACAGCAAGGGUGGUGUUGUUAUUCCGAGUGUGGUGUGCUCGGAGCCAGGACCUUGUUACAAGAAAAGGUUGGCCUGCCCAGCAAAAUGCUUUAGCUACUACAGUAGGUCUGGGAGGAACUAUGGCGGUGGCGGAGGUGGUGGUGGCUGCACUAUUGAUUGUGAGAAGAACUGUGUGGCCUACUGUUAA